UGGUUUUGUUGAAGAAACAUGCUCAAAACUACUGGGCAGACGGGCACAAAAAUCCUCCUGGAUGCGAUGUCCAAGGAUAAAGUCCACUUGGCCAGGUUUGUUCUGGACGCGCUGAAUGGGGAAAUCGUUGACUCCACAGCCGACGGCGCACAGACGCCCCUCAUCUCUUCCGUUCUGCUGCCCGACAGCCAGAACCGAUGUAAGUUCAUGGAGCUUCUGCUGCACAGAGGGGCCAGUGUUAACUAUCAAGAUGGGAACGGACGCACAGCGCUCAGCUACGCCUGCGAGAAGGGCUACCUGGACGCGGUUAAGAUCCUGGUCCAGAACGGCGCAGAUCCAGAGCUCCUGGACUCGUGGGGGAACACCCCGCUGAUCUACGCGGCUGUAGCGGAUCACACCUUAGUUGUUGAGUUUUUGGUGAGAGCCUUCAAGAGGUUAGGUCUGCAGAUAGACAGGCAGAAUAAAGCUGGCAACUCUGCAGUUGAAGUGGCAAAGUUCCUCGGUCACACAGAGUGCAUUUCUGCGCUUACCAAUAUCUCUAAGAGGAGCCGUGAGGCUGAUGAAGGCAAGUUUGAGGGAAAAGUUGAUAGCUUAGCCAGUAAACUUGAAGUCCUCAAAAUGAGUGGCCGUGCAGAAACGUCUCACAGUUGUACCUUGCAAUCAACGCCUCAGAUAAAGCCAGGUCGUUUGCCACCGAUGGAGUUUGAAAGAGAAAAUAAUAAAUCCUCUUUGGGUCCACAGGAUAUGAUCUUCUCUGGAGCACGCACUCCUGUGCCUCGACCAGAGACUUACAAUCAACCCAUUUCUAAACAAUGCACCUUCCAGGAAAAUAUGCCCUCCUCUACUCGUCACUUGCCCCCUCUCUUAAACGGCCGUGAUGCUGAAAAGUCCAUUUUCUUUUCCCACCAGCCAAACAGAAACACGCCGCAUCCCUGUGCGCCUUCCACUCUUGGCAUCUUACUGACUCCCAUUCUUCCCAACAAAUGUGAGACUGAGAGAAAAAUGAAGAAAUUUGUCCGCGUGGGAAGAUUUAACGAGGGCUACUAUGGAAAAAGAUGCAGUCUGCCAACCAGUAUGCUUAGCCCCACACUUCCAGAGCGCACUCCGGUGCCUGUGCGUAAAUCCAGGACGGUGAGGAGACGCAGAGAGUCGAUCAGCUUCACCGAAACACUUCAGUCUGCCACAACAGCUCCUGCCUCGACUCCAACAACUUUCUCAACAUUGACUAGUAAACUCUUCCGAAGAUUUGCCUCCCCGGACUUCAAGAAAGUCGUUGGAGAUCUGGAACAGAAUCCGCUGCCGACUUUAGGCCGCAUCCCGCGAUCAGAAACCUUCACUCAGGAGACGAGGCAUCCGCAGGUGGACAGCACGCCCAGCAUCGACAGCAUCAGUUCCGUUAAGUGCGAGUUUGACUUUCAGUUCACACAGACAAACUCUUAAGACUGCGCGCCAUGUGCAAAAGGAGGGAAAUGACUGCUUACGUAAUAAUGUUUUUUGCGUAACUUACACAUCCAUAUUUAAGUGGCAGAACAGUUUGUUUAAAAAAAUACUUUAGUAAAAAUUGGUAACUUCUUCGUGUUCUUAGGGGGUUCAAUGAUAGAUACUAUUAGUUAUUAAACAUCCAUAGAGAUACAUCAGUCUCUAUGGAGUUUUUUUCUUUUAAUUCUGGCAUAAUUGUGAUUUCAUCCAGUCUAACGUCUUUUCAUUUGAAGAACUGAAAUGCAUAACAGCGGAAAUAUGAGCUGCUGGUUGCUUGAUGGAGAUAGGAAUACAUUUAUGAUUUACAUUUAUUCAUCAAAACGUGCCGACCUCUAAUUUUUAACGGAACUCAAAAAAGUGCAAAGUCGGCAUUUGUCAGGAUCUGAUCAGCGGAUUGUCAGAGUAAAUUUAAGGAAAAUAGGUCGGUUCCGGUCUCCGAGGCGGAUUAGCGCGACUGUAGUAAAGAGCUAAAAUUAAGAUUUGAUUUGUGUUAGCAGUCAGUAAUGAUACAAUAUGCUUAAAAAAACCCUACUCGUUUACAU